CAUUAAAUUCUUAAUCAUUUGAUAAUCAAAGAAUAACAACUGUCAAAGUGUCAAUACUAAAUUUUCAAAAAAAUCUACAUUAAAUUUUAUUUCAUUGGUGAAAGUAAAAAGAGCAAUUUGAGGUAUAUUUAUCAAGAAAUAACAAGCGAUAAAUGUCGCAAUGGCGGUAAAUCGUCAAUGACAAUGAUAAGAGCAACGCGCCACGUAGUCUUCUUUCGAAAACCAUAUUGUAAUAUAAUCUGCGUCAUCACAGCUAAAGUACAACAUGUAAAUACACUUAUAUAAAUAAUUUAUAUAUAUUACAAUGUUUGUUAAGUUUUGGUGGUGCUUUCAUGACGGUGUUUAAGUCGCGUGUCAACGUUUGACUGCAACGGUUUGGAGUGUGCCUUCGUUCGAUACCAGAAUCCUAUUGGCUACUUGCACAAUUCCUACGCGUGCUCCUGUUUGCGCACUUCGGUCAUAUAACCCUACUCGAUUGUUCUAAGCACUUUCAAACAAGUUCAAUACUUCCGUAGUUAAACAACUAUUUAGAUCUUUGAUUAAAGGAAUAAAAAUAACUUAAUAAGAUUAAUUAAUAGAAAAAAUGAUGGAAAAUUUGGAUUUCGACAAUGUUGGCAAUGACUUUUUACCAGAUUAUGGCCAGGAUGCCUUUAAUGAAUCAUUUUCGGACAAUAUGAGUGAAAAUAUGUACGGAAGCCCGGGGGAAAUGUCAGACCAGGAAAACAUCGGGAAAAGUGGCAAGCGACGACGGAAACGAUGUCCCCAACAACAAGUUCACCAGCGCCAUGCAGCUAACAUGCGUGAGCGCAAACGUAUGCAAUCCAUCAACGAGGCAUUCGAGGGACUUCGUACACACAUUCCGACUCUUCCGUACGAAAAAAGACUAUCAAAAGUUGAUACACUUAGACUUGCUAUAGGUUACAUAAGUUUUCUUGGAGAACUUGUACAAACUGAUAUUAACUCCAAAGAAAACAUGAACAGUCAGUGCUCCGAAACUCCAAGGAAAGUCAUCAUUCACUGUCACAAUGGCAUCUCUGAUGAUGGCGAACAAUAUGGGCUUCCUCCAUUAGCAGGACAUUCACUCUCUUGGAAUGACGAGAAAAAACUAAAUAUGGGGCCAAAUGGCAAUACCAUGACUGCCAAAAUAUGGACACCAGAAGACCCAAGAAAAAAGAAAGGAUAUCUUAACAACAAUACGGAUUGUACUACACUAUUAGAUUCUCCAUUAGAUUUAUAG